GCUAACUAGCUCUCUGAGGACAAACGGGUUAAUCUCCUUCUGCCUAACUUUCUCCUUCUACCAGGGCCCAAGCAGAUAGACAAUGUGAGUUCCGGAUACGACUCUGGUUUCGUUUUUAAGAGCAGUCGGUGCCGCCGCGCGACUUCCCCCUCUGGUACUCGGCCUGUUCGGCCUGCCUGCUGCCCUGCCUGCUCCGAGCCUGGGGGGUCAGACCCCUCUCCCCAUCAACUUCUUCACGCCUGCUGGGAGAAGGUCUUGGAAGAGCUUCUGGAGAUUUACUGAAGGAGAGAAUACUUACCAGGAGUGAGAAAAGACAAUGGAUCCAGACUUUUUAAAUGCGUUUACACAGGCUGCUGCAGUUAAUCAACUCCUACCUGAGAAUGCCAUCCCUCAAGGUGAAAAGAGAAAACUCAUAAAACCGACUGCAAGGAAUAAUCCCAAAUUGGAAGAAUUAAAACUGUUAUUGAUUGACUGGAUUAACGCAACGCUGAAGGAGGAACACAUAGUAGUUAAAAGUCUGGAAGAAGAUCUGUAUGAUGGGCUGGUACUUCAUCAUCUCUUGGAAAACCUAGGAUCUCUCAAGCUGGAUGUUGACAAGAUCGCAUUGACAGAAAAAAAACAGCGACAGAAACUCUCUGUGAUUCUGGAAGCUGUGGCAAAGUGUUUGCAACUGGAAGAAAGUCAGCUGAAAUGGAGUGUGGAAUCUAUUUUGACCAAGGACUUGCUGAGCACACUGCAUCUUCUGGUUGCAAUAGCAAAGCACUUCGAACCCAGCCUGGCCAUGCCUUCAAAUGUUCAAGUGGAAACAAUCACCAUUGAGAACACCUCCCGAGGAUUAAAGACGACAAAUGCAGUGGAAUAUAUCACAGAAAACAAAGAGAAUUUAGAAGCGCAGCCAAAAGAUGAUGCCUUUGAUGAAUUAUUUAGCCGUGCUCCAGAUAAACUGGAUGCUGUAAAAAAGGUAUUUUUGCAAUUUGUCAACCAGCAUGUUGGAAAAUUGGGAUUAAACGUGAAAGACAUCGAAUCUCAGUUUGCAGAUGGAGUUAUCUUGCUUCUGUUAAUUGGACAACUGGAGGGUUACUUUCUGAAUUUAAGGGAUUUCUUCCUGACUCCAGCCAGCACCACGGAGAUGCUUCACAACGUUAACCUUGCAUUGGACUUGCUGACAGAUGGAGGCCUUCUGAAUUUUUCUGUGAACUCUGAAGAUAUUGUGAAUGGAGAUAUGAAGACUACGAUGCGGAUUCUCUAUUGCUUGUAUUCCAAAUACAAGACCAAAGAAACAUGAAGAGCAAGGCCAAGAGCUUGAGCUUUUUUCCCCCCCUUUUUUUUUUUUUUCUUUUCUUUUUUUCCUAACAUCUCGUGGUCUGAUUUUUGAAUUCCCAGCUCUGUUUGCCACUGUUUAUGUACACGCACUUGUGUUUGACCCCCGGGUAUAUUAAUAUUGUAUAUGCAAGUAUGUAUACAUGCAAGGUUUCACAUAUACAGGCUGAGUAACUGUAGGUGUGUGUAUGUCCAGGAUCAACGUACUGUGUUGUUCUGUGGCUGGAGCUCUUGCUCCAGCCCUGUCUCUUGCUUUCUCUGAGUCCCCCUAGUGCUGCAAAGAAGUGCAAUAUGUGGUUUUUUUUCUAGACUCUGCAUUCUGGAGGUGAAUUUGGAAGCUGCUUUUGCAGCCUCCUCACUUUCCCGCUUCUGAGUUACUCUGGAAACUGGAGAGGUGAAAGACCCACCACGGCAUCCCUGGGGAAGAUGGCAGACACACUUGAAGUUCAAAACCUCCUUUAGACAAGCGGCCAGCUGUUGUCAGGAAAGAGGGUAUGGAUUGGACACCAAAUGAAUAGGUAGCAGAAAUGAAAUCUGAACUGAUCAAGUGUUUGGUAAAAGUUUCACCCUUUUCCUGCUUGAGUAUGGAAAAGGGACUUGGAACAACGUGGUGGCGUGAGACUGUGUCGUAACAGAGGGGUGUCCUGCACAGCUGUAGAAAGAUGCUCUGGUUUCCUUGCUAAGCUAAUGCCAAACUGUGGCCAGCUCCAGCCUGGUGCAGCCCUGAUGUAAUCUCUGACUAGAGGGAAUGCCAAUUCCUGUGUCAAGCAUAUUGUAGGAGUGACUGACACGACCAUGCUUUUACCUCCAGUAAGAGGUGGACAGAUGCUGGCUUCUUCUGCAGCUGGUAGAAGUAGAGACCGUCACGGGCAGGAGUAGUGAAACACUCAGCUUCUGCCACUCCUGUCAGCAUACUCGUGCUGCGGGGACUCUCACACUCCUCUGAGACUCUCUUAGCUGAAUUUGUCCCAUGACUGUCCCCAAGCAUCCCAGAAGCUCCCUCUGGAUGCAGCGAGGCUGGCCACAAUUUAUGUUAGCCCUCACCCUUGGUCUUACUCAGGGGUUUUAAAUCAGAACUUCUUCAAACCCUCCACCUACUCCCUUGACCCUAAAAUUAUGUCAUAUUUGUGUUGCAUAAAGCUUGAGAUCUAAUUAAAAAAAAAAAAAAAAGUUUUUAUAUUAUUUUGUCUUCCAUCUAAAGUGAUUUAAUUUCCUGCCAUGGGUGACUCUGACAUUUGAUCUCUGAUCUGAUGCCUCCUCUGGGUGUUCAGGGGAAACCGAAGCUCGCCCAGUAUGAGUGCUGACAUUUACAGAUGAGAAUUUGUUGUGUCUAGUUCUGGAUCGUACAGCCUAAGAAAGAUCUUUAGAUAGCAAUGCUGAUAAGUCUUCCAGUCCUGCCUUUGAAAUUGGUAAUACUGCACAGCUGUAGGAGCUGCUGGAGGAAAGAGUUCUGCAAACUGCCCUGAGCCUAGUCCUUUUUGCACCAAUAAUUACCUUGCUGUGUUUUUACAGAGAAAAAUCCAAUGUGUGGUGCCAAUGAGCUACAAGAAGAUCAGCUUGCUUCCAUAGCAAGUGUUAGUUGUGUGUGCUGUUUUGAGUGAUUUAAGUAAAGAACACUUAUUUUUUCUUAUGCAGGUCUCCAUAGGUAUCUUGCUUUAUUCCUUAAUGGGCUUCAAACAAUCAACUGGGAGACCUGAGAAGUUUGUUCUUGCUUCAGAAAUCCCUGCUGCCCUUGGUGUAACGUGGCAAGCAGAUUGUAGAAUGAAUUGUUAUUGAGCAGAUAAAAUGGGGAUGUGGCUUGUGGAGAGCAGGGGAAGAGGGGGCAGGAGGGUGUUUGGUGGUGAUACAGAAGCAGCAUGGCCUUUUCCACCUAGGAAGCCAACCUGAAUCUUCUCUCCCAUGCUGGUGACCAAAAGUCAUUUCAAGUGCAUGGCAUGACUUUGGGCAUAACCUAGAGGCUAUGAAGAAGUCAGUGGUGGGGAGAUUAGCUGGUGCUGUCCUGGUUAGAUGGUUGUUACUGCUCAAGGAAACAGUUGGAUUUUUCGCUGCGUGUUCUGAAUUUUGUGGUCCACUCCUCAGCAUAAGUAAAUCCAGUGCUUGUACUUCUGCAGAUUUCUGGCAGGGGAACUCUAGCUCUUGAUAUUUACUAAAAGAAAGGGUCAUAUUCCCUUCCCAACACCAGCUUGCCUAAACCUGUUAUGAACAAGUCAUUCUUGAAACUGUACAGGGAAAAAAAAAUGACAGCUAAUGUGCUUGAAUCAAAAACAUAUUGAGAAUAAAAAUGUUUUUUUAUGUUGCGAGCCAAUUUAUUACAUGCUUGAUGUCUCUGAACACUUUGAUAAAGAGCCUGUGUUUGAUUCCGAAAACAUGGUACAGAAUUUUACCAAUCCAUCAUACAGACACUCACUCCAUAAAUUGGUGUAGAAUACACAAGUGCAGUAUUUACAUUUGAGAUGUAGUCACAGACUUGGCAUAGCUUUCAUAGUAAAUAUAAAGUGACAGCUAAAAAGAAUAUUCCAACAAUAUGAAACUGAGGAAGAAAGAAAUGGAUAUUAUUGUUUUCAGAUGUUACUUUUGCCUUACAUAAUAAUAACCUGU